CCUUUGUGAACGCGUGCUCCUCUGGCACGAUGUGUAACGAGGGCCCCUCACUCUUGAACGUCCGACCCCUCGGGGGGGGGGACCGUUUGUGUAGCGUCGCUUUACUAAAAAGACGACGUAUGUCAGGCAUCGUCAGUAACGCAUCCACUGCAUUAACAAUUCCAACAUCUCUUUGCUCUAGGAAACAGCGAGGAAGUUUAUCCUUUGUCACAUCCCGAUUCUUUGUUCUAAACAACGAUGCGGCUGCGGCAUCGUACGCUUAUCGCCUUGGUCAGGUUCCAGGAGACGACGACAGCGUCCUUUAUAUGUCUUGUCUUUAAGGCAAACGAAGCAGUGUGUCGACACUCUAAAUUCAAAUUUCUGCCUUCUGAACGAUUCUUGGCAAGUGAGUUUCUGUGACCUUUUUUUAAGACCACGCAUGUUUGCACGAUGGAGCGCUUGGCGGUGGGCAUGCUUCGCGAUCCUGUGACCGCCACCGACGUACACGCAUUCACAUGCAUAGAUUUUCCAGGAUGUUCUUCGUCGAAACGUUCUCCGUGAAAUCCCUUUCUCGGCCGAUGGAGGCGCUUCUUUCUUGUCACUAUGUGGCAUCACUGCUUGCUGUUCGGCCACCGCCAUAGGACUCGUUUUUCUGUCCUCUGACAGUCUGCGACAGAUCCGCAGGAAGCCGAGGAACUGUCUGUGGCUGUGUCGAGCGAAGAGUUCAAAGGCACGUUCUUCUUUUUUCGGCCCUCUGGAGGUAGACAGCGCUUGUGUGUGGAAAGCGAUAGGGUAUUUUGGUGGUCACUGCGGGCAAGAGGAAAAGUCGUGUCUCGUCCCCCGCCGUAAACAGCAACCCAGUGGAAGUUCGUUUUGCUGAAACGUGUGACGAGUGUGCCGAGUCUUUCUCAUCUGGUUCCCAAGACAUUUUUGCGGGUUGUCAACUCUCUGUGCCUCGUUGGAGGGACUUGACCUAGUUUUCGCGGGCUACGUCUCGCAACCACCGGGAAGAAUGCCACUCAAAACGUCCACGUUGUCGAAAGUGGCAACAGCCCGGCAACCCGGUUUCCUGUUCAGAAAAGUUUCACCGGGGUUACGUACGUUCACGACGUUCCGUCACGGUCGCCGACUGCAGGAAGGAGACGCCGACUCACAACCUCGCGAACUGUUUCGUAUGUUUGAAAAUGAAGAGACCAGCGACGCCGCUCGCGAACAGGAAACAGCUGACGCCAGCUGUACAUACACACGGUCUCUGGACCGUUUGCGCGAGGAGGACCCAUGCAGCGUGACACAGGAAGAUCCGGACACUUUGUUUUCGCUUCGAGAGCCUCCCUGUUUCUUUCGAAGACCUGCAAGGUGGCAAGACUACAAGCCAGGCCUUGGUUUAAGAAACGGUCCAGAAGGACUGCGGUUUCCUGUGAACCAUUCCAGCAGUGCGGCGUCCACGGGAGGGAUUGGCGAGCAGCAACCGGCGGCAAAGGGGGCUUUUGUCGGAGUCUGCGAGAAGCGACAAGCGACUCAAAAGCGUCACGAUGCCGCUGCAGCGGCUGCUUUCCUUGUCCGCAGUCUUCUCAUGCGUAAUUCUCCGAAUGGAAUAUCUUCCUCGACACAGUCCCCGCCACGGUCUUCUUUGUCUCACGGCCUUCCUGCAUCUCUCGUAGAUUCGUCUUCACUUUCGCUUUCUCCGUUGUGGUCGCGCGGCGUGUCCGCCGAUCGUCGCCGUGAGCACGGUGAGCAAGCGAACGAGGACCCUGUGUCCGCUGUUUCUGCCUCUAAGGGGAGCAGAGGAGGCAAUCCGAAGACUGUUUUUGGCAGCAACCGUCCUCGCUCGUCCGCGUCGCGAGAGACGCCACUGCAUGCGUGUCACGAGCGAGGCGCGCAGAGGCCAGACGAGGACGGUGUCUGUUGGGAAAGGUCGGAAGACGUCUCGACCCCGUCUCCCUCAUUUGUGGAAGCGGAAGGGACUGGCGGCAGCCAUCUCUGUGAGGACGCCUCGCCAUCCACACGCAAGGCGCCUUCUGUCUCUGAGAGGGCAGAGGGCAGAGGAGGAACUACCGAGGUCUCUCUUCCACGUUUCAGGAGCGGAGCAUCCAAGGGCCGCAGAACCAGGGGAAAUCCUCUCGAGUAUCCCUUCCAUGACAACACCUUUCCACGUUCGUCUCGCGAGGAUCGAGCAAACCGCUUCAGUGGGGACGAGACCUUGGAACAGCGACAGAAAGAGGCUGUCGGAGACGCGACCGUCGAAGAGAGGCAUGAGCGGACGGACCGUCGCCCCUCUGGCUUUUCAGCUCGGCCUCAGACCCCUCCGUUUGGUGACCCACUCCCUCCAGAUAAGAGGGUGGAGAGAGCUGUUGCUCAGGGCCACCUCCGGCUUCUGAAUGUGGCGCUAACAGAGGCCCUUGCGCGAGCUUCGUGUCCCCAAGAGCUGUUCCGCCUGGUGGUCCGUUUCCGAGAGUUUCUGCUCCCCGCCAACGCAGUUACCGCUUUGCAUGCACUCGCGAAAAUGAAGGAAGAAGGAAGAGGUAACGGCUGGAUAGAAAUCACCCGAGACAGGAAGGAAGCGCCGGAGAGAAGCCAAGGAAUCAUCCUUCAUCCCUGCGUGAGGAUGCUUCUUGGUCACUUGGUAGGAAGCCGGAAGCCGCGAGUGGAACGGGCGUCAUCUGAGACGGAGCGUGGGAGAACUCGACACGAAAAAAGUGAAUUUACACAGAGCCAGAACGUCGCACAACCGAGGGCUGAGUUCUCUCGGAGCAUGAGAUUCGGCGACCUGGCGACGCAAGAGGCGUUUGAGAGAACAGACGACGCGCCAGAGAGGGGGGAGACAAAUCCGACGCCUAGGCUCUGCAAGCUCUCAUCAAGGCAUUUGCCAGUCGCUCUGUGGAGUGUUGCGAAACUCUUGAGGCCGGCAAAGAACGGCACUAAGCUCGCUACUCCCAGGGCGAAAGACUCAGGCACUCUGUCAAGGUCGUGUCAGUUUGAAGCGGCAAAGGGCGCCGCUUCAGAGCAGGCAAGAGCAGAGAAAUCGAUUGGACCUUCUGCACUGCAUGCGUCUUCACAAACCGCGAAAAGCUGCAAUCAAAAUACAGAAAGCAGCAGUGAAUCACGGCGAGACAGGGCAAACUUCUAUGCACACGAAAUGAAUGAACAGCAGGAUCUUCUGCAUAUUUUUCUCUGCGAUUCACUCGAAGCCGUGGAACAACGAGCCGCCGAACUGACGCCACAAGGGAUUAACAUGGUUUCCUGGGCUCUUUCUGUUUUCUGUGAAGAUAAAGCACUGCGCAUGCUACCACGGAAUCAGGACUGUCCAAUGAAUUCCCAUUUUCACGCGGCCUUAAGCGCAGUCGGGCAGAGACUUCUUUUCCUGCUUGAGAACCGGGCAUCUGCAAGUGACGAGCGAUCUUCAGCCACUGGAGCUGUGGGGUUCGAGAGCUCUGCAGAGCCACAGGAAGUCACGGCACAAAAGCUGGCGGAAGAUUCUUCUGGCCAAACCAGCGAAAACGAGAAGCGGCGCCUGCUGUCAGUGUAUAGAGAGUCGGGCGUGGAUAAUUCUUCGGGGCCGGCAGGCUCAUCGCACCUACUAGCGACGCGAAAAUGCUGUAGGACGCUGGCGACGCCUACGUCAGCUGAAGUGAAUAGUUCAGAGAAGCUGCCUCACGCUUUCAGGACUCUUAAGACAUCCGGUGAUCACGGGGGCUUGGAAGGAGAAAAGAGCAGAGAACAGUUCGUCGGGCCUCGUGAAGUGUGUACAUACUUGCGGGCAUGCAGUAAAGCAGGGAUGAACGAUUGGCACGUUGUUCUUGCAAUUCUUUCGCUUGCAUUUCAGUCUUCGGAAGAUGCUUAUCUUGCCAACGUUCCCGCCACGUCAUCUCCACAUGGGCGACUUGCGACUCUGUGUGCUUCCCUGCCGUCGACCCAACUCUCUUACUCUCCCGAACUGUCCUUCGCAUCCUUGUCGAAGACAGCACUUUCCCCCGUGUGCACUCCGCGGCGAUCCUCGUCUUCUUCGUUCGCGUGCGGUUUGAACUUCCUGUCACAGUGUACAACCCAGGAUAUCCUGUCCAUAAUCCAAGCUUUACAAACGUUGUUUCGCCCCUUCCAGGCGUUACUUUCUCAGCAUCUGUCUCCUGGUGAGCACCACCCCGGCUUUUUGUCAUCGGUCACAUCGCCAGAGGCACGGUUGAUCGUGUUUGCGACCUACGAUCUUCCUUUGGCAAUAAUUCGCCGCGUCGAGCAAGUUUUCCCGCAGCUGAGUUUGGAGACGCGGAACCAGCUGUACGUUUGUCUCGUCCGAUUGGCGAACGAUCGCUGCACUUGGAAAGCGAGAGCACAACAUGUCAAACGACCAUGUGACGCUGAGGAGCCCAUGGAAGACUACAGAAUUGAAACUGAGGUGGAAGCACGUCGAACUGGGCACGGGCACGCCUUCGAAGGAAAACGGGAGUCCCUCCCUAAACCUGCACACGCGUCUUCCCUGUUCAAUCGGGAUACUGCAGACGUUGUUGUGGUGGCCGUCCGAGAGCUCCUCGGCCGUAUGCAACAUACGGAAGAGAUGACCGUAAUACGGGACCCAGCCACUUCUAGAACUGGACUGAGAGGGGUCGCGUAGUAAACGCCCAGGUGCAUGUGGCAUGCUUGAUGUUAAUUCAUGUAAAGCUGGUAGUGGUCCAGGAUGCUCGGUUUCCGUCUUCUGCGGUAGUGUUCAUGAGUGUGAAAGACGAAUGGUCACCAGGCGUGCGGACAAAUGCAGGGCAGGCUCUCAGGAAAGCUCCCUGGUACGGCAGACCGCCCUCCUCCGUUUUUCGAGGCGACCAGCAUUCUUGCGUUGAAGCAGCACGAUUGAAGGACGCCGUGAUAGUCCGUUCCCUGAACACGUUUCGCUUGGAGAGUGAGUGUGGUGUGGUGUUCUUGCGUACGUACAACACAGUAGUGCAAUAGGGAACAAGUUCACGGUUCCGAAACGUAGCUUAGCCUGCGUGGCCAGCCGAGUCCCUCAUGUGUGGUUGCAGUCAUCAUGGGGAAUUGUGAUGGCAACAUUUUGAUGUUGUCAUGGAUGGUAUGCCACCUGUCCUUAUAUGGAGCACAUUGAUUUUUGGCACAGCCUGGAGCCUGUUAAGACAGUAGGGGGUAGACGAAGUGUUAACUGGCUUUGCAAUCCUCACCCCAAAGGGAUAAAAGCUUUUUCCAGAAUGGGAGAAAUUGAGAGGUUCUCAUGAGUAUCAUGGGAAGGAUUCAAGCAUUAUUGUCGUGAUUAAAUCGAUUUAAUGAACAGACAUACCAGAUUACCCGUUUCUCUAUGUUUAGCUCGGACGCAUCUGCUGCUUGCCGAAAAGUAUGUAUUGUAUCACCUAUAGCAUUCUUUUCGAUGUAUAGCCUUCGCGCUUGUGGCGCAGGAGAGGAACUAAAUAACAUUCAAUCACCAUACAGGUCCCUCCCACACUCUUCAAGCAUGGUUUUCGGGGUACUAAAGCAUCCCACUGUAAACCAUGGCCCCAAGACGACAAAAGUGGACAUAUGCUGUGACUGCCGCUGGGUCACACAGUGGUCCUUGACACGAUGGCAAGGCACAAUACACAACUUUACUCUUUUUGUAACAUCACAAAUAAGCAAAGUUAAUUUUUUGUCGGUUACAUUGCAUGUGAGUCUUCGCUUACUGCUACAGAAGCAGGAACACUUCUGAGCAAGGAACUUGUUGCGGCUACGUCAGCACGAUGGUCCCAUCAGGAAACUUUCUCUGAUUCAUUCCAGCAAUUCACGCCAUGGAUCCUGAUUGACGUGCGCCGCCAAAGUGGUGGUGGCCCAUGUGAGUACAACCAGUAACACAUUACCAUCGACGAAAAAGGGAGACUAGGCAAAAUAAAAAUACCACAGUCCCAUACCAAGUGCUUCGAAGUUGGCCAGUUUCUCGUUCUCACAUUACAACUAACAUGAUACAAUCACAUGCGCAGUCUGCACAGCGGACAUCUGUAACCAAUGUAUUAAUUGUGAACAUUGAGGAGGGACCUCGAAUAUGUCAACAGUCAUUUCUGCGUAUCAAUGGCAGUCGCAAAGUGUUGGCACAUACACGCUUUUUCAAGACAAGGUACUUUCGACUUGCAAAACCGAAUCACAAUUCACGGUACCUGCGAAUGACAUAGUCAUGUGACUCUUGAAAGGUGCCUGCCAGUUGAGUACUUGGUUUCAGAAAAACAUGAACAAAUUUGCCAUAGCGACUGUACUCUGGGCUUCGAAGUUCCAUCGUCGCUACAAAACCUGCUGGGUAGGAGUUGAACAAGGCGAGCUUGUGUAUUUGCAUAAUGGCAGAUGAUGACGUGUAAACUUUCCCCCAGUUCUCUGCCCAGUGGCACAGCUGUAAGUCUGUUGUUUGCAGUCGGCCAUCAAGGAACGUACAUGCUCCAUCGAAAAUCAAGAAACUGCGCAGGAGCAGAGGCUGUUCAGCAUUGAAAUCCAACUGUGUGCCGUCGUUUAUUUUGUCCGAGACGACAACGUCCGGUGAAACGUGACCGGGAAUGUAGCCGGUAUCCAGUCGUAGCCGACGGGCGAUCUCCGGUACGAGCAGGAAAUGUACUUUAGUAGGUGAAUAUCGGGGCCCACCUCGAGCAAUGAAGGGGACCACUGCAUCGCCGAAGUCAUGUGUUGGUGGUUUGUAACGAAAUGUAGCCGUCGCCCACGGUAUUGGUACGUGACCUCUGAUACCGCGAACAUGCUGAUAAUCAACCAAGUCAAUGUAGCUGAUAACAACCUCCAGAGAGUCUUCAAAGCGGAAUUCCGAUUGACGUCUCAUGAACUUUAGAACUCCCGUAGGUGCUUUGAAGACUUCCUUCGCCACAGUUGUGUGCUUAAGCCACUGCACGUCGAGCCAGUCACAUAGUUGACCGCCGAUGAAGUCUGGGGAAUCUAAAGUUUCGACGAUAUUCGGGAAAGCGGGAUCUACGACGAGAUUCGACGGAAGACCUACUAGGCAGCCGCCGUCGCGAACUUUCUUCCACGCCCCUGCAGGUAGCCCUUGCCGAAGGGAUAUAUGACAACCACUCUCCUGUUUCCCUACGAGUCCACUCACCGGGCCUGCCGCACCGUUGAAAAGUACCAACAGUACGCCUGCGGUCGCGAGAUCAACCAAGUGCCUCAGAAUCAUCUUCACUGGGUAGCAAUGUUCGGCCACAUGCACACCUGCUGGAAAAACGACUGUCAAUGAAAAAAAGUGUCGCAAUGAAGUGACAACUUUUCCCUGAUAUUUCGCUCUUUGGCGAGUGUGGAGAAGAGAUCAACGGUUUUGUCAAAGAAUCGCAACACACGAUCUAACACAUGAAGUGUGAAUAAUUAGACAUCAGCAUUCUCUAGGUGAAGCCCCGUUUCGCAGCCCUGCUGACUGCGGACGGUCAACGGAUGCGUGACCGCAAUUUCUCAAGCCGGUGCAUGCUAGACCUGUUAUUUUCCUUUGCACACGCCCUAUCAGUUUUUGCACGUAAGGGCCAAUACACCCAACUCAUCGAAGCACUACCAAUUCGUUCGACCGUUCGUACCGAUUGACCUCUUCCACGUGGACGAGUCAACCGUCAUCCGCUGUAACGAACGGAAUUCAUCCACGAAGCACAGAAAAAAAACAUUCGGUCCUGAGUCUGAUGUUUGUACGAACAGCCCUGCAUUGCUGAAAUGCCUGCGACGGCGUGUUGCCGCGUCGAAGGAAGCAGCACAAUGCACCUGAACCCUCGACUGUGAGGGAAACCGAAAUAAUCGCCGACGAACCUAGGGUAAAGGUUAUCUUCCUUCUGAUGAUACACCACGGGGCGGUUUUUACUGAAAAGAAACUAACGAGCCGCCUCACCACGGCUCUUGCGACUCGAUAGCGUGUUAGUAAAAAUUUGUACUUCGAAGGCCGUAAACGGAGACGCGCAGUGGAAUCCUGGCACGCGCAGAGACGGGGGUCUUAGCUCAGAAACGGGUGGUCGUCAAGUCUGCAAAACUUACCGUGUGGACGAAGGGUGAGUUCGCUAAGAAAAGAUAAUGCAUUCAAGAAAGCAGUCUCCGGGUUCACAAGUGGACAGUCGAAUUGGUGAAUGGCAAUUCUAAUCCAGAGAUAUGUGCCCAUGUAACACGUCUCGUGUACGUCAUGCACUUGUCAAGCGACAAAAUUCGACGAGACACGAGAAAUCGGCGUCGCUCAAAACUGCAAUUUUUGCAGCGGUGACAGUCGCAUCCUGUUUACGGCGAAUUGGCUCCCGGCGGUGGGUCACCCACUCGUCGAUCUCUUCAGAGGAAACUUUUUCUUGCAGGAACCGAACCAAGACUCGUCGCGUCGUGGACUAGCGGAGCACAAAGUCUCGCGCUCUGUUGAGGGAGCCGUUUCAGUGAUAUGAGAGACGCUAGAUUGAGCUCGUGGGGGAUGCAGACACCGUCCACAUUAGGAGCAUCACUUCUGGGACUUUGUGUAGUUAUUGACUUCGUGAACGAAUUACGGAGGGCAAAGUACUGUUUGUUCCAUCAAAAGAAACGCCGACCGGAAAAAAGCUCUUGGACCAGGAUGGUGUGUACCGGCCGCAAGAUCACUUCAAUCACAUUGUGCUCUUGAUUGCAUCGGCCCAAACCCCGGAUUGCAUGAGUCAGUGAAGCGUUUACACUUCGGCGCCAUGAUGAAGCAUUAUGCCUCGUCUUUCUGGCUGUCGAUUUGGUGGCACAACGACAAUGCUGUGGAUUCGUCGGUACCGUGCUGCCAUCAUUGACUUUCAGUCAGUGGUCGUGAACCCAUUAGUCUCGAAGAUAUUUUUGUGGGCAAGGUAACAACUGUGGCUCCCCUUAAUAGGUGCA